UCCGAAACUAUACAGAAUAACUUACUUUUUCGCAAUUUUCGAUAUUACAUAGCUCUUAAUCUGUAUAUGAGACAACAUCCAUGUGUAUACUUUGAUUUGCAUAAUAUACAUAUGUAUACAGAUUAAGAGCUAUGUAAUAACGAAAAUUGCGAAAAGUAAGUUAUUCUGUAUAAUUUCGUAGUUUAAUCAUUAAAUUAUAAUUGCUCUAGUCUUUGAAUGGUUGAAGACGAGAUAGUAAAGUAGUAUAUAUUUUUAAAGAAAACUUAAUAUUAAACAACUUACUUCCUUAUGACUUUUUCGUAAAAUGAAAAGAUAAACAGUUGGCGAUUAAAAUAAUGAUAAAAAUGCGAUGCCAAAAUUGGUUAUCGAAAUUAGUGAAUAACGAGGGAUAUCACGGAAACUAUAGAAUAUAGCGAAAAAUUUAAUAUAAUAAUUUCUAUUGAAAAUUUUGUCAGCUUUAAUUACACAUAUCACCUUAUUACAGAUACAACGCAUAGUUUCACUGAUAUAAACGAAAAUAGUAAACUUUUUGAAUCGUAAAUUCAAUUUUUCGACUUGAAAUUCAUGGAUAUGGGUUAACUGACUAGUAUUGUCAUGUUGUAAGACUGUAAAUACCAUAAAUUGAAAGGAUUGGUUGCUUUAUGUAUCUAUAAGCUCUCUCUAUAUACACGCUUAAAAUCUAUGUAGGGUCACAUGACCGCCAUUUUGAAUUCCAGCGGCUAUAUGCUGGCAGACGUGCAUUUUUCUCUUCAGGCCUGUGGAUAUGGUCAAUUUAUAAGGACCUUACUAUGAAAUAUGGCACCUUUUUUUGCCACGGCAUCAGGGCUAUAACUAUGCUCGAACGUGAGUUUUAUACCUGAUGAAGUGUUGAAAUCAAUAUUUGAAAAAAAUAAAUAAUCACGGACAUUAAAUAAUUUGUAUUGCUUUCAUUAAAUAUACAGUUUUUAAUAAAUAAAUGAUUGUAAAAGAGAAUGGAUAUUGAAGGAACUAACCUUUACACCAGGAUGGUGUAAGAAGUUAUGAGUCAAGAUGGCUGUGACAGCUGUCCCAAUUUAUGAAUGGUAUUAAUUCAUCUUUAUCUUUAUAAAAAAAUAGUGUAUCUGAUAACCAUGAACAUAUGAAUGACAAGGUUUCAAAUUGAUAGAUCAUCUAAUAUCUGAACAUGACAUGGCUAAAAACUGUAUCUGUGACAGACUUGGAAGUUCGAUUGAAGAACUCGAAAAGGCAAUUACAAUACAAAUUAUUGUAUAAACGGGACGUACGGUACAGUAAAACUCAAAACUCGAGUUAGGUUUGUGCAUUUUAUUCUUCGUUAGUCCAUUAAAAGUUUUAUUUUCCAUAGUACUCGUUAACAUUUAAUAUUACGUGUAACGGUCAAAAAGUUUUCAUGUAAGUCAAUAUAUCAUUAAAAAUAUUCUGUCUAGCAACGCUACCCCAAAUAAAGUCGAGAUGAUUAAAAUUAUUCAAUUCUAUUUUUUUUCUAAUUAAAUUGCCCUUAAUACUAUUUUCUAAUACAUCAGCCAAUGCUUCUACAUCCUCCAUGGUUGACAACCAAUCUUCUUUACUGUAGAAGAGGACGAUGGGAAUUCUUAUGUUACUUAGUUGGUAACAGGGAGGUUCCUUUUGCCCGUAUGCAACGAUGUUUUUUUCGACGCCGAAAUCGAAUUGGCGGAAAGAUUUUUCGGUACGAAGAGACUGGGCGAAAUGUGCGAGAACUUUCGUGCUAGUUCCAGCUGCGAUAUGAGCGAUGAUCACUUCCUUAAGAUUCUUCUUAACAUCCUCGCUCGCAUAACCGGACAAAUUGCUUAAUAUUAAAGGGGCAUUGUUCAUCAAUGUACUGGUAUUCCGUGAUAAUAAACCGUCUACAACAGAGACUAACCCGUUUUUUGGCAUAAAUGAAUGAUAUCCCGUCAUUUCUAACACGUCAUACAGUCUAUCCGAUACUCUGGCCAAAUGGCGAAGCACUUCACUUCUCAAAUUAUUGAGGUAAGCAACUGGAGCGAGAGCAAAUACUGCUUUAAUUUUAUCGUUGUACUCAGGCUUUGUCGACAACAAUACAAAACACAUGGUUGUACCAAGUGAAUGUCCAACAUAAAAUAAUUGUUUUUUUUCUGUAACUUUAAGCACGAAAUCAAUCAUGGCCGGUAGGUCCAUAUAACCCAUUUCAUGCCAACUGAAGUUCCAGAAGUCUUUACUGUCUUUGAUCGGACAAAGCCAUUUAUGUCUUCUGGAAUAUAGAUUGCCCCUUGCGUUGCCUAACCAAACAUCGUAACCAUUUUUAGAAAGGAGAAAGGCUAAACUGUGCGAUGUCCCACUCACAACCCAAUCUCCGGAUGACGACCAAAGACCAUGUUGCAAAAAGACAGGUAUCCUGUUCUCUUCAGCGAUUCCCGUUAAUUUGUCGUAUCCAUUGCUGCCAAGUAUUCUGUGCAAGGUUAAAAUGUACCCAUCCUCAGUUACAACAUUAUGCGUUUCAUAUGGAAAACCUGAAUUUUCCAAUGCUUCCACAGUGUCGAAUGAGGAGAAUUUUCUGGAAGCAAGAUUCUUGAGACCCUGCAAGAAAUAUUUUAUAUUAUAAAUUGCAAACAUGAUUUAUCUUUAUGAAAUCCAUACUAGUCAGUUACGAGCAUAUUUACAUGGCUACACUGGGUAGGUUGCUUUGUUUUGUCUAGUCAGUUAAAAUUUCUGCAGUUUUGUUUUCGAUCAUUGGUGAUGUUAAUUUAUGAUGGUAUUAAUGCCCAUUGUAAGAUUCUUCUUUCGUGUUACUUUUAAAGUUUGUCCUGCCACUGUUUCAGUGUAAAAAUGUCUGAAGAUUUAAAUUUGCCUGCUAGUCUACAAAGAUUGGAGAUUACUCCAGAAAGAUCAGACUGCUCAAAGUUUAAAACCAACAAUCCAUUUUCUGUUCCUCAGAGUGAGAAUCAACCAGAAUGUAUCCUAGAAAGUCUUUCAUUGAAGUCUGUUUGUUUGCAAGGGAACUGUGAUUGUGACAAAAAUGAUAAUAAAGAAGAUCCUAAGGCUUUAAGGGGAAUUAAGAAAUCUCCACUUAGGUUGAAACCGAGAGUAUUACGCCGUCAGAAGCGAAAUGAUAGGAUACUGAGAGCACCGAUGCUGAAGCUGGAUUCUGGUGACCGACUGUCUACUAAUGACAUUUCUGUGACAUCUGAGUCACCAGUAAACAGCAAGGAAGCUGCUGCCUCACCGAGCGACAGCUGCACUAGCCGGCUCCAGGGGUCGUCGAGGGUCCUGCUGAGGGCUCCCGUGCUGAGGGUGACCCCGACUUGCUCCUCACCGCUCCCGCUCACCACCGCCAGGUGGGAGCAGCAAGAUGGUGGGCAACAACCGAGCGGCCAGCAGAGUCGACCGGCUGCCAUGUGUGCUGUCCAAGCCCGCAACCCCUCUCCGGACGACACCAGCAUCGAAGAACUGGCCUCGUACUUCGACCUCUUUGUUCAUAUUCCGAAAAAGAUGUCAGUUAUGGCGGAGAUGAUCUCCAUCAAGCGAAAAGUGAACCUCAAAGCCAUAAAACAUAUAUUAAUAAAAUAGUGCCUCAACCGACAAAUUAUUAUAAGUACUAAUCUCUUCAACUUAAUAUUAUUAUUAUUAGAAACAAAAAUAAAAGAGAAAAAAAUCAGUCAUUAAUAAAAUAUAAAGAAUAUAAUAUACAAUAAGAAUGUGAUUUGAUAUAAUAGAUCAAAAAGGUGGUACGAAAGAAGACUUAAAACAGCUGACAAGUUUAAAGAAUAACACUCAGGAUCCAUGUUAAUAAAGUAAUUAUGAACCGUUGAAAGAACAAUAAAGUGAUUUUUCAAAAAUAAAAUAAACAAAUCGAGGCAAAAUAAAAUCCAAAACAAGUCAAUUCCAUUUUCAUUUUUUAUUUAGUUAAAAUUUGAUAUUAGAUUAUCGUAACAUAAAGGAAUUUCUUUAAAAAAAACAGUUGAAUAAGAUGCAAUUCAAGUUUUGUGAAGAAAUAUUUUGAUAUGACAAUCUAGUAUCAAAUUGUUAAUAAAAAAAUACAUAGAAAAUAGUCUGCUGGUUUUGAAAUUCUUCACCUUCAUUAAUUGCUUAUUUUAAACGUAAAAUAUUAUUAAUUUUUAAUGAAUAACAAUAAUCUGAAAAGCAUUGAUUAACCCAGCAAUAGUCGCGAUACAACUUCAAAAACAAAAAAAAAAGACAUUUUUAAAUCUUUCUUACGAUAUACUGGUCGUGGUUGUUUAAAAUUGCAUAAAUAUUUUUAACUUUUUACUUACUGCUUAUAAAUGUGAUUCACAUAAUUUGAUAUAUGCGACUAAUCUGCUAAUUUUCUAUAUUUAUAACUAUAUAUUAAUAAAAACAUUUCCCACAAAAUAGUAAAUUAUAAUUAUAGUAAAUUAUACAAUAUAUCAAUAUUGUAAGAAGACAUAAUUGAUGAAAUUGACUAUUAUUAGUAUUUUAAAGAAUUGUUAAGUUUUUUCCGUUUGAAAAUGAAAAUUACAAAAGAAGAAAAUUUGAAAGAGGUUUCGGAGUGAAGAAAACACUGAUACUGAAGCAGGCAGAAUUAAAGAAAUAUGCCUUAUUGAAUAAUAAUCUUAAAUUUUGAUAUGAUGCUAUUGGUAAAUAUUACUUCUUUUAUAAUUCGGAACUAAUGUUUUAUAAACCUUUAUAAUAAACAUGAUUGAAGUAUAUUUUAAUACUACGCAUCAGCAACAAAUAAGUAACUUUAAUAUUUAACAAACAAUUAAAUAUCUUUUUUAAAUAUUUAUGUUAUUUUGAUAAUGUCUUUUCCUUCCAGCGUUCUUUGAUGUAUAGUGUAACUAUAAAAAAAAAUGAGAUGUUUAUUACAGAACAAGAUUUAAGCGACCAAAUAUUGCCUAGCUUUAAACAGCGUCUAUAACUGGGUUAAUCUUAAACUAAUCAAGAGGUGAAAAAAUAAAAAAAAAACAAAGUAUAUAGCUAUAUAUACUUGUAAAUUUUUUAAGCUAAUUUUUAUGGUAGAGAACCAUAGGGCUGAUAUAGUAAAACCAGCUUUUUUUUUUUUCAUUGUCAUCAACAAAGUUCAUUUAAUUACAAAUAUUAAAGGUGUGCUUAGACCUUUACAAACUCAUGGACGUUAAACAGCGCAUCUCCGAGUAACUGUAAAGAGACAGUUAAAUAAAUAUUUACAGUAAGGGAUAAGAGAGAAGAAAAUUGAGAUGCUAUUCUGUUUAAAAUUAUUAUACAAUAUGGAUAAGCUGUCAGAUGAUACAUAUGAAAUCCCGUAUGGAAGUUCACCAGCCGCUAAGCACACUCUCUUGAGGCUGAGGGUACAAAGUUCAAGGGCUUAUAGAUCUAUCUCCUAUUGAAGCUACAGCUGCUACAAAUGCUAUGUUCUAUUAUACAGAAUAACUUAUUGGUAUAGUGUUGUACAUAUAUCAAAUAUAUAAUAUAUCUAACAACGUUAUAGCUUGCUUGAGGUUCCCCUCAGGAGGUCUAUAGCAUAGCUAGUUGCUGUAUGAGCAGUUCCCGGAGCUGAAGUAACUCCGUAACCGCCAUGACCGUAAUUAUGAACUACCUGCAAGAAAAAAAAAAUAAGGAAUCAAAAACAAGCAUUAAAAAAAAAAUAAGCAUAGAUUCAUAGAAAAUAAACUUUAUUCUGGGACAAGGUUUAAAGAUUGUGUUGGAAUUUUUAAAUAACAAAAAAAUAUCUGAAUUAAAAAAAGACAGACUACAGAAAUUGGGAAAUUAUAUCCACCUUAAGAAGAUAUAUACUUCCAUAUCUACUUAAACACCUUGGUAGAUUGUUAGGAAAAUUGAUAAGUACAGUCACAGGCGGAUCCACAGGAAGGGGAGGGGCUUUUGGGCUGAAGCCCCCCCAAAAUGGUAAAAUAUCAGCAUGUAAUUAUAUUUAAUAGGAUUUCAAGAAUCAUUUUAACACCAUUUUGUAUAGGUACUUAGUUUCUUUCGAAGUAAUUUUUGUUAUAUUUAAAAACAAAAAAAAAUUUCAGGUUGAAGCCUUCCCAAAAUGAAAUCCUGGAUCUGCUAGUGAGUGCAGUGGCUCACAGUCAAAAUGAUAUGCCUGGAUAUUGAUAGAAAUUAUUGAAUAAAUAAAUAGUUUUAUUUAUAUUAAAUUAAAAACAAUAAUUUAUUGUACUCAAUAAACAUCAUUGCAAAGUAUCAUUUUCUUUUUCUUGUUAUUAUGCUAUGUUUGAUGUUCUUUUCUUGUUAUGUUUAUUGGUGUGUGGAUGUAUAGUGGCUUCUGGUAUAGAAAAUCUUCACUUUAUAGUGAAAAUAUUCACAUUGUAUAGUGAAUAAACAUUAUUACAUAAGACAUUUUGAGAAGAAACUUGAAAGAAAUUGUGCAAAAUUUAGGCUAAAAAAUUUUUUUGUUUCAUUAGCAUAGUGACUCCAAAGUUAUAAAAACACCACCACAGUCACCAGAUCUUAAUUGUGACAGAACACCAAUGGGGAGAAUUAGAGGUAGAAAUUAAAAGACCAAACUUUUAGAAAAGACUUAAAAAAAAUAAUCCCUCCAAGAAUGGAACAGGCUAAGCCCUGAAUCAUCAAAUAAUUGGUCGACUUGACUACAAACAGAAUAAAAGGAGUGGUAGAAAGUCUACUUGUACCUGAACAAGAGGUUUCACACUGAAGAUGCAAGACGCACUUGUCUCUUGAAAACCAGCCGGCUGGAGAUUUCAGAAUGCAGCUUUGUUGUGCUGGUCUUGCAUACUCGCCACUCUCACCCGACUCGCCCAGUUUCAUUUCAGACUUCAAUUAGACAUUGUGUUCCAAGUACGGUUGCAUGAGAUCAAACAACUUGUUAAAAGUCAAAAUCUCCAUUUUGUAAUACGCCUGAAACUUUACUGGGUGGUUCAGUAAUUGCUGAGACACAGUAGCAGGGCUAUUCUUUCAAGCAUUAUCUCAGUAAAGAUGUUGUCAUAAACAAUUCCUUCUUAGUUUUCGUCUUCUGACUGCAAAAGCCAGAAUAAUAAUCUAGUCUAAAGAGUUGAAUGAUUGAUUAUUCAUCUUUCAAACUCAUACACUAAACUAGACAGAGAUAAUGGACAUAAACAGAAGGUGCAAGUGGCAUGUACAACUAUGGUAUGAAAGCCGUUUCAUCAGAAUGCAACACACACUUACAUCCUCCAUCCAGGAUGAAUGCAUCUUCGUUAUGAAAGGCCCCUUAGAUCGUUGAACUUCAAAAUCAAUCUAGCCAUUCCUUCAAAUAAUUGUUACAAACCUUUUAGCCAAUCGAUUAAACACACUUUAUCCAAUUACGGUACCGUGUUUUUAGCUCUCAUUGUUUCAAAACACUGAGGUAAUCUCACCAAAAAAUUUGAGCCAUCCAGCUGUUGGCUUAAAAAAUCAUUACACAGCUUUUACCUUUACCAAACAAACAACCCUUCACUUAAUUCGGCAAAAAGAUUUAUAAUUAGCAAAAAUAUUGAAAUAAUAGUGCAGCCAAUGCAAUGUUAAGGUUACGAUGUUUUUUUCAAAUGUAAAUUAUAUUUGUAUUUAUGUAAAUACAGGGCCUCCAGUAAGGAUUAUAUUUUAGAAUAAUAAUUUAAUCACGCCACAUACACAUCUCUUCUCUCUCCCCCUCCCUUGCUACGACUUUUAUUCUCGCUGCAACACUUUUGGAGACAGGUACUACUUCUUUUAUUUCUUUCUUAUUUCAGCUUUCUCAAUUUCUUCCCUCCUUCCUUCCAUCCCUUUUCUCUGUUUUUAACUCUUUAUUAUAUUAUACAUUGUCUGUACAUCUUGAUAGACUUUACAAUAUCUCAAUUUUCUAUCCAACUACUCCAUUCUCAACGUCUUAAUUUUACUAUUUAUUUUCAUUUCUUAUAUAACUUCAUAUUUCUUUUUUAUGUUUUACAUUUUAUUCUAAGAUUCCCAUUUUAACACUUAUGUCACCCUUUUUGAUUAUGCUUACUUCAUCAUUCCACACUUUGUAACGGUUAUUAUUAUUUAUCUCUUAGUUCUUACUAUUGCCAUUAUUCUAACAAUUUAAUUUUACUUUAUUUUUUUUCUUUAUUUUUUUUACCAUCACUACUUAUGUUUCUCAUACCUUGUUAUCUGGUUAUUUUCUUAGCCCUGAUGAAGGCCUGAACUUCAGGUCGAAAUGUCGGCAUAUGUAAAAAUAAAUAUUAUCAUUUAUUUUUGCCUUCUUUUUUGACUGACCAUCCCAACUAUUCUUCUCUUCAUUAUCCACGACAGUCAACCAUUUACCAAUGAUAAAAAUAAUCAAUAUAUUGUUAAAUUUACUUGUUUUUGUUGUUAAUCAAAACCUCCUGAAAGAUAUAAUAUCAUAACACAUACCUUUAGACCAUUGAUGAUCUCUGGUUCGACUCGAACAAUAGGACGAUAUGGACGCAGGCCAACAGCUUCAGCGAGAACAGGAGCUUUUGCCAGACGUGGUACAAUUCUGGUACACUUAUCCCAGAUGCAAGCAGAGUCGUAUCUGCUAACUGAUGUGUCCCAACUGUUGAAAUUUCUAGUGCCUCCUAGAGUGGCUGCCCAUAUUCCUGGUAUGAUGUAAGUAUCACUGCCACCGUAAUAGAAUUUGUCAAGCCAGGGUGCAUCUACCUAGGAACAAAAUCAUACCGAAAAUUUAUAAAAUAAAGUUAGCAAGAUUAGUGAAGGUGCCAUAUCUUAAGAUAAGUGGAAGGCUGAUAGUAUCACAAAAUCAAUUUUACUAUCUUAUUAAUAUAUUUAUUGUACUCUAAAUGGUAUUGGUUCUUUGCUGUGUACUGUAUUUGUUAUUGUUUUCUUAACUUUUCUUUUUGUGAUUUUUAACUUUUUAAUUUUAAUUACACUUGUAUAUUUAACUGCAAAUAGUUUCUUUAUGGUUUGCGAGCAAUUAUUUCUUCCUCCUGAGGUGAAUACUUCAUUUUUUAAAUAAUCAGGUUGAAUAUGUAACCAGAUUAUGUAUAAAAACUCUGGUGCGGUGGGCGCAUCACACAACUUUCAAUUACCACCUUCUUUUUAUCAGGAAUAAGUAUUUUUAGACAAAGGGUAAGUGAAAGUAAAAAUUACAAAUGCUAUAUUAAUUUAGAAUUCAUUGUGGGUAUUUUUAUUUUUAUAAGUACCCUUAUAUAUACAAAUUUUAAUAUUUAUAUCGCUGUAUUCUAUACAAUUAAAUAUUUAAUAAUACCAUCAAUAGGAUCUAUGAAAACCAAAUAUGUAUAUUUACAUAAUAUUGUUGGAGUCCUUAUUAUAUUAAGCUCAUGUUACAUAUGGAAGUGUGUUCUAAUCUUUAGGGGGAGUGCGGGUGAGCUCGCAUUCCCUUGGUUCCUUAAUUACAAAUAUUCUCCGAUACGAUCUCUUAUUUCUUCUUUAGUUAAUUAUCAAAUUCUUUCAUAUUUUAUAUUUAAAUAUUUUUCAUAUUAUAGAUUAAUGUGAAAUAGUCAAUUGUUUAAAAAAAAAAUAAAUAAAUAAAGGUACUAUAGAGGAAGCUGAUACUGAAAAUUAGCCAUUUAAGCCCUGUCAGAGAACAUCAUUCAGAAUAAAAACUAAAUUUUAUUUAAAACUGCUUUAUUUUACACUGAUAUGAUGAAUUUAAUCAAAAUCGUUAGAGCGGUUUUUGAAAAAAUCGUAAAAAUGUAAUAUAUAAAUGAAUUUAAGUCGAAUGCAGAUAAUAAAAAGGUUAUCCUCAUCGAUUCCAGACGUCUCAUUGGUUCCCUUUCUUACUCUCCUAUACUUUACCUCAAUAACCGCCCCAUCCAUUUCCUUCCGACAAUCAAAAACCUUGGAGUAACAAAACCAGACAUCUCCUUGUAACUUCCUUGUUUUCCACCACUUCGAUUACAGUUGCUUGGUGUAUGGAGGAUUGUCUGCAAGGCUGGAAGCAAGACUGAAGAGACCCAUGAUUUGCUUCAUAACAUUCAUCUUUGUGAUUCCCGGACGUUCUCAUGUUGAAGUGGCUCUAUCCUACUUGCCGAUAACAAUUCCUUCUUGGUUUUAUUUUUUUUUCAAGUCAGAACCAAACAUGCUCCCUACAUCCUAGAACUCCUUACUCUACGUUCCACUAUCUAUUCUCUUAAUACCAGAUCCUAAGCUGUAGAGCUAUGUAUCCUCUCUUAUAAAACGAGUUCCUUCAGCAAAUCAUUCAUCGUUCGCGCUAUCUCCUUUUGGAACUCCUAAGCUUUCACCAUACGUAAAUCCUCAUCCACAAAUUCCUUCAAACAACUUUUACUCCACUACCAAUUUUAUAUUCAAUCUUCUGUAACCAAGUAAGAAUUUUCAAAUUCUUACUACCACUGAUUUUUUUUUUGUACAUUUGCUUUAUUUUUACAUGCCAGACCAAUGAACAUAUUUUUGAACCUUGUCAUUAUUCAUAGGAGCCUAUAGCCCCAGAAUAAAAACAUUUUUCAUUUAAUUUCAUUAAUUUAGGGUGAAAAUGACCCAAGGUCAAAAAGUCUCAAAACAUUAUAUAAAUAAAAUUAAGUCAAAAUAUAUUAUUUGUAUCCCAUGUUAGUAUUUGUUGCUAGUUACAAUUUUAAGUUAUAUAUAAGUGUCGUUUAUUGAGAUCAUAUCAGUAUCUGGACUAGGGCUAGCAUUGAUUACCUCAGAUAACUAACGGUACUCUACAGUAUUUACGAGUUACAAUUAAAAAAAAUUAUUGAACUGUCCAAUGUUAAUUUAUAUUUUUAAAUAGGGAAAUAAAUUACCUUGAAGACUUGACCUCUAAUAGGCAAUAAUUUCUUGUCAUUGCACAGAACCCUGGCACCAAGACCAGUGCAGUUCAUCACAACAUCAAACUUGCCGAAGUUCUCAACUUCUGAAAAACUGUUAAUUUUUCCAGAAACUAUUUCACCCCCAUUCGAACGAAUCCUAAAAAAGGAGAAGUAUAAACUGAAAGAUAUACCAUGAUCUUUUAUUGCAUUU